CGGUAAACCAUCCGUUAUAAGUCACUACUCAUAACAAAAAAAAAGAAAAGGAAAAGCUAAGUAUAUCCAUUAGUUGCUCGUUAUUAUUUCGUUCAUUAUUAUUAUCAUCCGCCAUGAAAGGCUUAAGCAAGAUCGGCACUGGGUUGAUUGUCGUGUUUGCCGUCGCUUUAGUGGCUAUACUUGCUGAGCUCACUUAUGCUCUGUGGAGACGGCGGAGAUUCCGUCGACGGGCCCUUGACAGUGGGAAUAUAGACGUGUUGAGUGGCAACCAGCUUCACUCUACGCCGCUGUCGAAGGAGCUACUCUACUUCUUCUGCUGGAAAAACCAGUCCCGGAUUGAACCUGCCGGUGCUCCUUCUCCUGCCCUUCCCGUAUCUUCCCCGGCGACCCAGUCUCGCCAACCGGAGAGUGAGGAGGACCUCGACGCCAAAUGGAAGCAAGCCGUGCUUUACGGACACGCCAGGUUCCUGUUCACGAUUAAGGAGGAAGAGGAGAGAGAGCUACAUGGAGGUGAUACACCUAACCACCCAUCCGCAGGGGCUGAUCGUCAAAGGACCAAAAGGGUCUCUCUGGAGGAAUGUUUCGCCGGAGAUGGUGUCGAGAGCGACGGAGUUUUGACGGCAGAUAAUCAAGAGAUCGAGGCAGUGGCGAUCGACGUUAAUGAUGAUGAGAAAAUGGUUUUCAAUCUAACCCCGUUCUCCACGCCCUGCGCUUCCCCUCCGUACUACACUCCCUCGCCUUCUCCUGGCCGUGAUGCGACCCUUCCGCUCUCGCCGGAAAAUGACGUAAAUUCACUUGAGACGGCUGGAAGCAUGGAGACAGCCGAAGAGUUUGCUUUUUGUUUGAAACCCGAAGGUCCUUGAAACCAUUGGCCGGAAAAAAAUCGGAGUGCGGAGACAUCAGUCGUCUCUUUGAUGCGUAGUUUGUCAAUUAAUGUUUAUAAUUAAUUAUGUUUUUUUGCUUUGACUAA